UUAAUUAAAGAUAAUGAAAAUAUUUAUAAUUUAAUUCAAGACGAUGCGAGUAUCUACGAUUUAACUCAAGACGAUGCAAACAAUGAAAAUGUCUACGAUCUAAGUCAAGAUAAUGAAAAUGUUUAUGAAUCGACUCAAAACAGUGAUUUAAUUCAUAAUAUUAAUUCAGCUACAG